GGAGGCGGGUUGUAAUAGAGUUAAGCCAAUCCCGUUAUACGAACAUUUCAUCGUCGUAUCCGGGUAAAGAAAUUUCGGUAAGGAUCCCCCCCCCCCCUUGUUUGCUCUGAAUCGCUUUUCGGACGUUCUCCAGGAUGUGCGGGUCUUUCCGGGUACUGCUGCAGGUGCUGUGGGCCCAGCUGCUGUGCGGCUGGGUUCUGGGCUCCGAGCUCACCUUCGAGCUGCCUGAUAACGCCAAACAAUGUUUCUACGAGGACAUUAUCGUCGGCACCAAGUGUACGCUGGAAUUUCAGGUGGUGACUGGUGGCCACUAUGAUGUAGACUGUCGUUUGGAGGACCCGGAUGGCACAACACUUUACAAGGAAAUGAAAAAGCAGUAUGACAGCUUUACUUUCACAGCAGCCAAGAAUGGAACAUACAAGUUUUGCUUCAGUAAUGAGUUUUCUACCUUCACGCACAAGACUGUUUAUUUUGACUUCCAAGUUGGUGAUGACCCCCCACUCUUUCCCAAUGAGAACAGAGUCACUGCUCUCACCCAGAUGGAAUCAGCCUGUGUAUCUAUCCAUGAGGCCCUAAAGUCAGUCAUCGACUACCAGACGCACUUCCGUCUUCGUGAAGCCCAGGGUCGCAGUCGGGCAGAGGAUCUCAACACUCGGGUGGCAUUCUGGUCCAUCGGCGAGGCCAUUAUCCUCCUGGUAGUCAGCAUCAGCCAGGUUGUUCUUCUCAGAAGUUUCUUCUCUGAUAAGAAGACCACGACAACCCGUGUUGGAUCAUAACGUUCUUACACUUGGCUACCAGAUUAAUUGAUUUCUUUAUCCAUAUUUAAGCUCAUAUGCAUCGAGUCAGUAAGAGUAACAGUGCUCAACCCAAAGUGGGUUAUAUGAAACUGCCAGCUUAUGUGGUUGGACAGUCGUCCUGUUGCAGCGCUAUUGUUCUUUAAAAACUUCUGCAAAUGAGUAGUGUUGAUGUGUUCAGGGGUGGGGGUAAAAGAAAUGGGGUUUUGUUUUUUUUUUGUUUUUUUUCUCUCCUUUUAAUUUUAUCAUUUGCACCCAGGUCUGCUGCCACUGCUUUGUUUCAGUGCUAUCACUAAUUUUAAUACCAAAUUGUACACGGCGCUUACCAACUGUGUCCAUAUAUAAAAUUUGGGAAUGGCAUUAGGGAGCACAGGAUUUGUUUACUGCCUACAUCGCACUGGGUGAUUAUAGAUGAGGCAAAGGCUCCUCACAAAGUCUCACUUGAUUAUAGUUUUUAUUUUUGUUUUAACCCUGUAGUGUGAUUGUGUGACAAUGAUUAGACAGGUGCUUCCCAAACUGGAGCAGUGAACUUCUGUCUUGCUUACAUGUCAUGAUUUUUGAACACAGUCUUGAGAUAGGAAGAUAGAUUUAUUCAGUCAUGUGAAAUUUGGGAGUUGGACUUUUGAUCAGGAAAAGUAAAACUGGAGGUGGCUGUCAAGCAAAUGUAAAAAACAAAAAAUAUAUAUAGAAUUCCUAUUUCCCCUGCUUUCCAAAAGAUUGGGAAACCAAUUGAUGAUCUAUUUUGUCAUUUAAAUGAGUUAUUGGAAGAGUACAUAAUGGAGUAACUCAUUCUUUGUCCCUGUGAGCUGAGAACAGUUGUGCAGAGGUUUACUUUUGAAUGAUUUAAUCAUUGUAUUAUUCAAAUAGACACUGACUGUAAUACAAAGUCUGUCCUGUGUGACUGCACCCAAACCUUAAAACUGAAAUCCAAUCCUGUAUUACCUGUAGUGUGCACCUAAGCAGGGUCAAGUUCGCGUUUACUUUAUAGCUUAUAGGAUAUUAUUGCAUUUUUGACUGUUUGGUGGGCAUGGCAUUGCAAAAAAAAGAAUUAUCUAAAUUGACAGCAUUUCAUGUACUUUUGAAAUGGGUUGAGGUUGAAUGCCUGCUUGUCUGAAUGUACCUACUUGUAUGAAGUGACAACAGACACACUUAGUUUGCUUUUGUUUAUCACAGGGACUGAUGCAAAAUUAUAUCACUUAAAUACAUUGUAUCACGCCAGUUAAUUUACUUGUGUGUAUGUGUGUAUAUAUAUACACACACAAAUGGAGACAUUUACAUUCUGGUUUGGAAAAGUGGGAAUAUUUUUUUCAGAUUUUUGGAUAGCUGAUUUAAAAAAGUGGGGGGAAAAAAAAAACGCCAAAACAAGUUCCACUAAUGGUUUGUACUUGACUAUCAUUUAAGUAUUUCUCUUGCUUUUCAAGGAGUGG